CAAAUGGAUUCAUUGCCAAAAAAAUUAUUAAAAGUGAACAGAAAGUACAAGCUCAGCCUUAAUUCCCCAAUGAGGCUGUUCCCAGAACUGAAGAAGUGAAAGAACAUCAGAAAGAUAUCCCUCAACCAGUCAAAUGAAGGCCUCCAAUCUCCUAAGAUGGAAAAGAGAAAGAUAGGUGUAGAUAGAAUAAAGUCAUUGUUCUCUCCUAAGAAGGAAAGGCAACCUCAGCAAGAUCAAAUUCCUCAGAGAAAGCCUAUAAUGUUCAGAAGACUUAAUAGACAAAGAGGCAAUACAGGUGUUUUCUCUGAAGAGCCUAAGAUUAGGAACCUGGCUUUACAGAGACUUCAGUUAUGUGGCAUGGAUGAGAAAGCUGAGAUGGUGAUGUCUCCUACAGCAAAGAAAGUAAAAGAGAACAUCUUCAGUUUUAAGAAUCAGAACCGUACCUUAAGAGCAUUUUCCCCUGUUCCUGACGUAAAAACUCCUAAAAUAAAGGUAGGAAGAGUGACUAAGAAGCUGAUGAAGGAUCUACUUUAAUAAUGUUUUUGUAUUAAGAAAAUU